UCCGGUAGUAUAAAGCUUGCCACGAGUUAGCUCGCGGAAUCGGAGAGUAUCCAUCUUGAAAAGCAUCCUCCGGGACCUUGCUAAAUUUUAAACGGUAAGCGCUGUUUGUAUUUGUUUACCUCGCACGCAUUGAGUGCUGUGAUUCAACGAUGUAUGUCACCCGGCAUCUAGCUAGCUAAAUAAGGUAUAGCUACCUUGACGUUAGCUAUUGCUAACUCGAAUUUCAAGUCAGGCACUGGCAGGCCGCAAACACUAACAGAAUAACCAACUAGCUAGCUAGAUCUGUAUAGAAGUUUAUCGCUGACAUUUGAAUUGUUUCUGUACAGUUUGCUUGAAUGCGUAAUAAGUAACUCGAAUACAAAUCAAAACGUUGGCUAUGGUAUUUUAUCAACUCGUCAAAUGUGAUUGUGUACCGUUUGUUAGCACGCUAACGUUAACUAGCCAGAGAAGCCGGUUAGCUUUAUGGCCUGCGUUUGAAUGUGCACGGUUGUCUACAACAAAUGUAGGUAAUGUUAGCCAACAGCUAGUUAGCAUUUCCUUUAUCCCCAUGGUAGGCGAUCACAAUGUCUGACGACGCUGAGCAGCAAUUCAUGGAGACCUCCGAAAAUGGAAACGAAGCCGAAGAGCUGAAUGGAGCAGAAGAUUCCACAGAACAGCCCGAGGCGGAGGAACAAGAGAAACAGAGUUGCGAGGAAGAGGCUGCGGUGGAGGAAGUGGACGCUCAGAACGGAGCGGCAGAGGGUGGACAGAUAAAUGCAAGCAAAGGCGAGGAUGACGCUGGGUAAAUUUCUGUAUGGUUGUUUUAGCAUUAACGUUACAUGUUUCUUUUGUUUAGUCUUGGCGCCAUGUCCACAUUCAGUUAUACUUAAACAAUCGGUGUUUUGAGUUGCAGUGAUGCAACCGAAGUGUGUGAACUCCCAGUUUUUGUUAUUGGCCUGUACAAGUUUGUAAGCCUCCAUGUGUGCCCCCCACCCCCCGAACACGCAUAAUAUAAAAUGUUAAUGAAAUUUAAGUGGCUGCUCAGUUGUCAGUGUAUGAGCAUUGUCCUCAAUGCUUUACUGAUCUGUGUUUCUCUGCAGCAAAAUGUUUGUUGGUGGACUUAGCUGGGACACUAGCAAAAAAGACCUGAAAGACUACUUCUCCAAAUUUGGAGAGGUCACAGAUUGUACCAUCAAGAUGGACUCAAACACAGGAAGGUCACGCGGGUUUGGGUUCAUCUUGUUCAAAGCAGCAGCAAGUGUAGACAAGGUGUGUGCCAUGGGAAAGGUGACAUGAUUUGAUAUUUUACAUUGUGACAAGUUGGACUUUGUAGACAACUUUAUUUUUUAUUUUAUUUUUACCUUGAAGGUUCUUGAGCAGAAAGAACACAGGCUAGAUGGACGACAGAUAGAUCCGAAGAAGGCGAUGGCGAUGAAGAAGGAGCCAGCCAAGAAGAUCUUCGUUGGUGGUCUAAACCCAGAAGCCACAGAGGAGACCAUCAGAGAAUACUUUGGUACCUUUGGAGAGGUUUGUCAUUAGCCUUCUAUUGUUCUAUGAUGGCCUCUCCUGUGUGUUGCAGUAGCUGGAUUUUUCCCCCCCAGUGUUAUUCAUUUCUCUUUUCAAACCUUCAGAUUGAAUCCAUCGAACUUCCAGUGGACCCCAAAUUCAAAAAAAGGAGGGGGUUUAUCUUCAUCACGUUCAAAGAGGAGUCCACCGUUAAAAAAUGCCUUGAGAAGAAGUUCCACAAUGUGUGUGGAACCACGGUAACGGAUGGAAAGGAAGGCCUUGUAUGUAUAUUUUCUUUAUUUUUCUACUUACUUUAGGUGGAGAUGUGCAUGCUUGGGUGUGUUCUACAUCACUGGCUAAGCAUCCUAUUUGUGUAUGAAAUGCUGACUUGUCUAAAUGCAACUUUGUUAGUGCAUAGUCUUCAUUCCCUGUGAAAUGCUUUGGGACAUGGUCAUGCACCCUGGGUUGAAAUAAUGUAUCCUCACUGACAUUUUCACAUUGCUCGCAAGAGUUUCAGACCUGUUUGCAUGGUGAUAAAAUACUAGAAUGCUUUGUUUCAUCAAUUUGAACACAUUUAAUUUUUGCAUGUCAGAAUUCAUAUCUAGAUUUGUCAAGUUUUUUAAAAUUGUGUUGGCAGUGUCCUCUGACUGAGAUGGGGUCCAGCGUGAGCUUUAAGCUAAAAUCCAAUGCUUGGACUUAAAAUGUGACUUGUGUAAAAUAAGCCACCAUGUGUGGUGCACAAUUGGCCCAGGGUAGGGGAGGGAAUGGCCGGCAGGGAUGUAGCUCAGUUGGUAGAGCAUGGCGUUGUGGGUUCGAUUCCCACGGGGGGCCAGUAUGAAAAAUAAUGUAUGCACUAACUGUAAGUCGCUCUGGAUAAGAGCGUCAGCUAAAUGAUGUAAAUGUAAAUAGCCCUUGCAUGUUUGUACUCCAUGCCAUGACAUCUUUGCAGCAUCUGUAUAAUAAACAUCCCCCUUGAUUUCAUCCCAGUGUGAGAUCAAAAUCGCCCAGCCCAAAGAGGUGUACCAGCAGCAGCAGUUUGGAGGCCGUGGCGGCGGCUAUGGGGGAGGCAGGGGAGGCAGGGGCCGUGGUGGUGAGUAUUAUAGCAAGCAGUCUGACGUAUUUGUUAUGAGUGACUAGGGCAUAAACACGUUGGCCUUGUAUUUGUAUGAUGCAUACGGCUAGUUUAAUUUCAAACGAAGGUCUGUGCGCUCCAAGGUCUGAAGGUCCAAUGGAUUCUACCUGCAGGAAGACAUUCGGUGUAAGGCUGCAAGACGGGUGUUGCGGGGAAGGAUCUGAGAAAUUGGAUCGCUAAUUGGCAUCCAUCCCCUGGACCAUAAAUAUCUGGAAUAUUUAAAAACAAAACAAAUACGUUUUUAGUCUUUGUCUGACUUGGAACCACCUUUCUUUCCCUCAGGCCAAAACCAGUAUGGCAACCAGGGUUAUAAUAACUACUGGAACCAGGGUUACGGCAACCAGGGCUAUGGCUAUGGUGGGCAGCAGGGCUAUGGAAACUAUGGCGCUUACGGCAACUAUGACUACGCCGCUGGAUACUACGGAGGCGGCUACGGAGGGGGUUACGACUACAGUGAGUAUACAGACCUCUGGCAAGCGCCUACCUGAUUAUAUGUGACUUGUCUUUGCACAGAAGCACUCAGUCCUCUCUCUCUAUUCCUGCAGACCAGGGCAAUACAAGCUAUGGGAAAACUCCAAGACGUGGAGGCCACCAGGGUAGCUACAAGCCAUACUGAUCUCAUGUAGUGCAGGUAUGCAUUUUAGUGCUUUGUAACAUUGUGGUGCGAUAUAGCUGUUAGAUUUGUGGCAUUGAUGCAAACAAUUCCUUGCCACGAUUUAGUCUGGCCCAGGGGAAGGCAAUUGUGGAUUAGAAUGAAAUUAUCCACUGUUCAUCAAUUGGAUUUAGAAAAUACAGUUCUGUUGGGGACAGGAAACUUGUUUUUAAAAGUACACAACCUCAAACCCUCAAAUUUGCCAGCACAAUCUGCAUCGAAGAUGCACCCCUACAACUACACUACUGGAUCAAUAAGGGUUGAUGUUGCGGUGGACCAUGUUCAAAACAAUGGGUGUUCUAGCGUGGGAGAUGGGAGACUAUCUGCUUAAAGCUGCACAGCAAAUUUAACAAUGUCUGCUGUUUCCCUUUAAUGCUAUGCUAUGACCACUCUAACCAGCAGCGUUGGCUUCCUAAUCCACCCCCUUCUUGCAUGCUUGUUGCCCUAGCUGUUUGCUCUUUGAUGCAGGGUGGUGGGGUUGUCAUAAGUGGUGUGCAACAAUUCCUUUUUCUCCUCUCUUAAAGGACUCAAGUAAUCCAGAUUUGAGACUGAGGUGUGGCAGAAGUAUGCAGGACUUGAUUCUUUCGUUUGGGAUGACAGACUUGCACUCCACUUGUACAGACCAUCUGAGGAACUGGGGAAGCAAAUGUCACUUUUCCACGUUUUUAUUUUAUCUUUUUUUUUGGUCCACAUUUCCAGAGAUGGAAGUGUAAUUUUU